CCGCGAACAUCUCUUGGGGCGCAGCAGGACCGGCCGCCAGUUCCACGGCCCGUGAGCCCGGCGGGCGCAGCAGCGCCUUUCGGAGCUCCUCUCCUGAUCGCUCAUCUUCCUCUCGGGCCAGGCCGCCCCCGGCGCGGCCCCUGCGGCUCCUGGCACGGCCCCGCGCUCGGCUGUGGUCCUGGCGCGCUCCAGUCUGUCGUCCCCGGACGGGCGAGGACCGGCCCGGCUCGGGCGCCGGCGGCUGGGGAGGGGGCGCUGGCCCCGGGGCCGCGCAUGCGCCGCCACCAACCUGGGGCUGUCGGUGGAGGGCGAGUGCUGGUUCCGAGGGGAGGCGCCACUUUACGGGGUCAACGGGCCGCGCUCGGAGGCGGCCGUGGGAACCACUCAUCCCUUCUGCAGCCGUGGAGAGGGGUUGGAGUCGGGGUCCGGGCCGGCGGCUGCGCCGCCCCCGUCCCCUGGCCUGCCCCCAUCAUGGGCCGCGAUGAUGGCGGCCCUGUACCCGAGCACGGACCUCUCGGGCGCCUCCUCUGCCUCCCUCCCUUCUUCCCCAUCCUCCUCCUCGCCGCCCAGCGAGGUGAUGGCACUGAAGGAUGUGCGGGAGGUGAAGGAGGAGAACACUCUGAAUGAGAAGCUGUUCUUGCUGGCGUGCGACAAGGGUGACUAUUAUAUGGUUAAAAAGAUUUUGGAGGAGAACUGUUCAGGUGACUUGAACAUAAAUUGCGUAGAUGUGCUUGGGCGAAAUGCUGUGACCAUAAGUAUUGAGAAUGAAAACUUGGAUAUACUGCAGCUUCUUUUGGACUACGGCUGCCAGUCCACAGAUGCACUUUUGGUGGCAAUCGACUCUGAAGUAGUGGGAGCUGUCGAUAUACUACUUAAUCAUCGACCAAAACGAUCAUCAAGACCAACUAUAGUAAAACUUAUGGAAAGGAUUCAGAAUCCUGAGUACUCAACAACCAUGGAUGUGGCACCUGUCAUUUUAGCAGCUCAUCGUAACAACUAUGAAAUUCUUACCAUGCUGUUGAAGCAGGAUGUAUCUCUCCCGAAGCCCCAUGCAGUCGGCUGUGAGUGCACACUGUGUUCUGCAAAAAACAAGAAGGACAGCCUUCGACAUUCCAGGUUUCGUCUUGAUAUAUAUCGCUGUUUGGCCAGCCCAGCUCUAAUAAUGUUAACAGAAGAAGAUCCAAUUCUGAGAGCAUUUGAACUUAGUGCUGAUUUAAAAGAACUAAGCCUCGUGGAGGUGGAAUUCAGGAAUGAUUAUGAGGAACUUGCUCGGCAGUGUAAAAUGUUUGCUAAAGAUUUGCUUGCCCAAGCCCGGAAUUCACGUGAAUUGGAGGUGAUCCUCAACCAUACAUCCAGUGAUGAGCCGCUUGACAAACGGGGAUUACUAGAAGAAAGAAUGAAUUUAAGUCGUCUAAAACUUGCUAUAAAAUAUAACCAAAAGGAGUUUGUCUCUCAAUCAAACUGCCAGCAGUUCCUGAAUACUGUGUGGUUUGGACAGAUGUCAGGUUACCGACGGAAACCUACCUGUAAGAAGAUAAUGACCGUCUUGACAGUUGGCGUCUUUUGGCCAGUUUUGUCACUUUGCUACUUGAUAGCUCCUAAGUCUCAAUUGGGUAAAAUCAUUCACACACCUUUUAUGAAGUUUAUUAUUCACGGAGCAUCCUAUUUCACCUUCCUGCUGCUACUAAACCUGUACUCUCUAGUAUACAAUGAAGAUAAGAAGAACACAAUGGGGCCAGCCCUUGAGAGAAUAGACUAUCUUCUUAUCCUGUGGAUUAUUGGAAUGAUAUGGUCAGACAUUAAAAGACUCUGGUAUGAAGGGUUGGAAGACUUUUUGGAAGAAUCUCGUAAUCAACUCAGUUUUGUCAUGAAUUCUCUUUAUUUGGCAACUUUUGCCCUCAAAAUGGUGGCUCAUAACAAGUUUCAUGAUUUCGCUGACCGGAAGGACUGGGAUGCAUUCCACCCCACGCUGGUGGCAGAAGGGCUUUUUGCGUUUGCGAAUGUUCUGAGUUACCUUCGGCUCUUUUUUAUGUAUACAACCAGCUCUAUCUUGGGUCCAUUGCAGAUUUCAAUGGGACAGAUGUUACAAGACUUUGGAAAAUUCCUUGGGAUGUUCCUCCUUGUUCUCUUUUCCUUCACCAUUGGCCUGACACAGCUCUAUGAUAAGGGCUAUACUUCAAAGGAACAAAAGGACUGUGUGGGCAUCUUCUGUGAACAGCAGAGCAAUGACACAUUUCACUCGUUCAUCGGCACCUGCUUUGCCCUGUUCUGGUACAUCUUCUCCUUGGCACACGUGGCCAUCUUCGUGACGAGGUUCAGCUACGGAGAGGAGCUGCAGUCGUUCGUGGGCGCGGUGAUCGUCGGCACGUACAACGUGGUGGUUGUGAUUGUGCUCACGAAGCUGCUGGUGGCGAUGCUGCACAAAAGCUUUCAGCUCAUAGCGAAUCAUGAGGACAAAGAAUGGAAGUUUGCACGAGCCAAGUUGUGGCUCAGCUACUUUGAUGACAAAUGUACUUUACCCCCACCUUUCAAUAUCAUCCCUUCACCAAAGACCAUCUGCUAUAUGAUUAGUAGCCUCAGUAAGUGGAUUUGCUCUCACACAUCAAAAGGCAGAGUCAAACGACAAAACAGUUUAAAGGAAUGGAGAAAUUUGAAACAGAAGCGAGAUGAAAAUUACCAAAAAGUGAUGUGCUGUUUAGUGCACCGCUACUUGACAUCGAUGCGACAGAAGAUGCAGAGCACAGAUCAGGCAACUGUGGAAAACUUAAAUGAACUGCGUCAAGAUCUCUCCAAAUUCCGAAAUGAAAUAAGAGAUUUACUUGGCUUUCGGACUUCUAAAUAUGCUAUGUUUUAUCCAAGAAAUUAACCGUUUUCUAAAUCAUGUAGGGGACAAUUUUCAAUAAUCUGAAAAACUGUAUUUACAUAACUUGCAAUUAAUUAGGUCUAUAUUAAAAUAAAGGAUUAUGUAAAAGCCAUUCUUUAUUUAUAGUGUAAAUAUCCUUUAAAAUCUUUCCUGUAUGUAAAAUAUGUGUAUAGAGUUAGUUUUUUAAA